GUGGAAAGACUGGCUGCGAUGCGUUCAGAUUCUCUAGUUCCUGGGACUCACACGCCUCCCAUCAGACGACGAAGCAAAUUUGCCACUCUCGGAAGGCUUUUUAAGCCAUGGAAGUGGAGGAAGAAGAAGAGCGAAAAAUUCAAGCACACUUCUGCAGCUUUGGAAAGAAAAAUAUCAAUGAGGCAAAGCAGAGAGGAGCUUAUAAAACGAGGAGUGCUGAAAGAAAUUUUUGAUAAAGAUGGAGAACUUUCCAUACCAAAUGAAGAAGGAGCUUUGGAGAACGGGCAGCCUCUCGGCUCUGGGCAAGUGCUGAGUUCCAGCCAGGUAUCCCUGCCAGCCCUAGCAGAACUGGAGUCAGGUCCAGCAUCUGGAGAACCCUGCUCGUACGAGGUGCUCCCAACCACAGAGAUCAUGGAUGGCACAGUGUCUGAAGAGAGCCCCACAUCCAAUGAAUCCGGAGUCCUCCUGUCCCAAGAUCCUACAGCUAAGCCAGUCCUGCUACUUCCCCCAAAAAAAUCUGCCGCUUUCCCUGGAGGCCAUGAGGACACCCCAGUGAAACAGUUGUCCCUCCUCAAACAGCCCCCUGCCCUGCCUCCUAAACCUAUUGCCAGGAUUGCCAGCCACUUAACUGAUCCUGGCGCUCCUGUGAAACUGCCUUGUAUGCCAGUUAAACUGUCACCUCCACUACCUCCAAAGAAAGUCAUGAUUUGCAUGCCUUUAGGGGGGCCAGACCUCUCUCUCUCAUCCUAUUCCACGCAGAAGAGCUCCCAGCAGCCUUUGACCCAGCACCAUCACACUGUCCUGCCAUCCCAGUUAGCAGCUCACCAGCACCAACUCCAGUACGGCAGCCACAGCCAGCACCUGCCUUCUGGGUCCAGCACGUUGCCCAUUCCCCCUUCAGGGUGCCGGAUGAUAGAGGAGGGUAACAGAACACUGGAACAGGCUGCCCAGAGAGUUUAUUUGUUUUUCUUUCCCAACAGCUCUGGUUUACACACAGGUGACAGUGUUACAAAAACAGGACCUGGGGGCCUUCCAGACAUGAGACAAGUGCCAACUGUUGUGAUCGAAUGCGAUGACAAUAAAGAAAAUGUGCCUCAUGAAACCGACUAUGAAGAUUCUUCCUGCCUCUACACAAGACAGGAAGAGGAGGAAGAGGAAGAUGAAGAUGAGGAUAACUCAUUAUUUACAAGUUCUCUGGCAAGGAAAGUCUGCAGGAAGGACUCUUUAGCAAUCAAACUAAGCAACAGGCCUUCAAAGCGAGAGCUGGAGGAAAAGAAUAUCCUCCCCAUGCAGACUGAUGAAGAGAGGCUGGAACUUAGGCAGCAGAUUGGGACAAAGCUAACAAG